GAGAGGAAGGAAGAGGAACGGUCUGUUCGAGACUCCCGCUCGCUCGCUCGCUCGCUCUCUCACUCUCUCUCUCUUGCUCUCUCUCUCUUUCUCUCUUGCUCGCUCUCUCUCUCUCUCUCUCUCUCUCUCUCUCUCUCUCUCUCUCUCUCUUGCUCUCUCUCUCUGUGUCUGCCUCAACCUCUCCUUCUCAAUGGAGGCCAACAGAAAGCAGCCCACAGGUGUGGGUAAGAGUGUGGGCCGAGGGGGACCGGCUGCGGAGAAGAUGGAGUCCACCGGGGGGAGAGAGGAGGAGGAGGAGGAGGAGGAGGAGGAAGAAGGAGAGAGAGACAAGAAGGCCACAGCCAGGCUAGCAUCGUCUCCCAGGCCGGAGGCGGAGCUAAACGGAACCUGCGACAUCACAAAGGCGGGCGCCAGGCACCAGAGCCCCGCCUCCUACCCCUCCCCUAGCAACAGCUCCCAGCCGGUCGCCGAGAACGGCUUGUUGGACCUGGAGCCGCCCCCUCACGGCUCCCUCACGGGCAGCAACGGAUACAUCCUCAGCAAGCAGCAGGAGGGCGCGUUGGGUUUGGCGUUAGGGGCCGCCCCACACAGGACUAGCUGGUCGCCUUCGGGCACCGCAACAGGGGUGGAACACACGGACAAAUCCCUCCCGCCCUCGGCAGCCGGGCGCGGCCCGUCUCUGGGAGUACCGAGGGGUGAGCCUGGUAUGGGAACCGCGUCAGAGCAGGGGCCCACAGAGACUGAAAAUGGCACCUCUCCUGGGCAUCCACCUACCGCAGUACACAGAGCACGCAAGACCAUGUCCAGACCUGCCUCGAACCAGACACUAAAGCUUUUAAACAGGGAAUUAAAAGAACCAAAUAGUGCGAAAGAGGAGAGCCGGGUAGGACCAGAGGUCGACAAACCUCCUCCACCGCCUUCCUCCCAGAACCAGCUACCUCAGAGCCAAAACAACCUGCCCAGUGCCCCUCCAUCCAAACCCACGGCGGCGCUGGCGUUCAGGAAGAAGAAGAGGAAGAUGGGAACGUACAGCCUGAUUCCCAAGAAGAAGACCAAGGGAUUGCGUCAGAGGACCAUGCUGGAGAUGUUCACAGAGAUCCAGCAGUCUGCAGAGGGGCCCCAGCCCAAGGAAGAAGCCCACCUGAACGGGGAGAGGAUGGAGAACACCUGGGAGGAGGACGAGUGGGAGGAGGAGUCUGAGGAGGAGGAGGAGGAGGAGGAGCAGGCCAGGGAAGGAGGCGUCGCCGCCCAGGAGAGGAGACUUACAGCAGGUCCAACUUCUCAGGGGGAGCUGGGAGAGGAGCAGUUCUCCGAGGACUCGGGUGAGGAGGAAGGAGAAGACGAGGACACCGAGUCGGACCUGAGUUCCGAAUCCAGCUUGAAGAAGAAACUCAAGAAGAAAGCCAAGGGGGACAGUGUCUGGCUUCGGCCCUCCAGGAAACGCAAGAAGAAGCUCAAGUCCAAGACUGAGCUACGCACGUACGGCCUGUCCCAGCCUCAGACCCAGCCCGGCUUCAGUGAGGAGUACUCAGAAGUGCCCCUGGAGUACCUCAACCUCCCAGCCCAGGAGAAGCUGCUCUCCCCCUGGGGCCCCGGUGUGUCGCAAGCGGCGUCGGGCCCUGACGCCGACCCGGCCCAGGAGCUCCCGCUCUGCAGCUGCCGCAUGGAGACGCCCAAGACCCGCGAGAUCCUCACGCUGGCCGACAGGAAGUGCAUGGCCACGGACAGGAAGUGCAUGGCCACGGACAGGAAGUGCAUGGCCACGGACAGGAAGUGCAUGGCCACGGACAGGAAGUGCAUGGCCACGGACAGGAAGUGCAUGGCCACGGACAGCGUGGACGGCCUGCUGAGCCGUUGCCAUGGCGCCGUGCUGAAACAGCAGAUGAUGAGGCCGUCCAACUCCGUCCAGCUUCUGGCGCUGUGUGAGGACCACCGGGGGGGCAUGGUCAAGCACCAGUGCUGCCCAGGAUGUGGCUUCUUCUGCAGGGCCGGAACCUUCAUGGAGUGCCAGCCGGACGUCAGCAUCUCCCACCGGUUCCACCUGUCCUGCGCGUCCGUGCUGAAGGGCCAGAGCUUCUGCCCCCACUGUGGAGAGGAGGCCAGCAAGGCCAAGGAGGUCACCAUCGCCAAGGCCGACACCACUUCCACCGUGGCCCAGGCGCCCCUGCACGGGCCAGCCACGCCCGGGGCCCUGGAGGGCAGGGCGGACACCACCACUGGAGGGCCGUCCCGUCUCUCUGUGGGAGCAGAGCAGAGCGGCCGAGCCGACAGCUCUCUGCCUGGCCCUCCUGGGGGUCUGCUGCUGGAGGCCUUUCCCCCUGCCGGAGGCUCCCGAGCUGGGGCCCUGGUGGUGGGGGUGGGGCUGGGCGGCGUGGCCCCCACCGGAGCCCCUAAGGAAACCCUGGAGAGCAUCCUCCAGGCCCUGGACACGGAGAAGCCUAAAAAGCUGCGGUUCCACCCCAAGCAGCUUUACGUCUCGGCCAAACAGGGAGAACUCCAGAAGGUUCUACUCAUGCUUGUCGAUGGAAUUGACCCCAACUUCAAGAUGGAAACCCAGAACAAGCGCACCCCUCUCCACGUCUCCGCAGAAGCGGGCCACCAGGAGAUCUGCCACCUGUUGGUCCAGGCCGGUGCGAACCUGAACAUCUGUGACGAGGACCAGCGCACCCCACUGAUGGAGGCGUGCGAGAACAACCACCUGGAGACCGUCAGCUACCUGCUGAAGGCCGGCGCCGGGGCCGCGCACAAGGAUGUGGAAGGGUUCACAUGUCUCCAUCUAGCUGCAAAGAUCGGGCAUUACAACAUCGUGGAGCACCUUCUGUCCACCAGACUGGUGGACAUCAACUGUCAGGAUGACGGCGGGUGGACAGCCAUGAUCUGGGCGACCGAGUACAAACACCUGGACCAGGUGAAGCUGCUCCUAUCUAAGGGGGCGGACAUCUACAUUAGGGACAAGGAGGAGAACAUCUGCCUCCACUGGGCAGCGUUUUCUGGCAGUGUGGAGAUAGCUGAGCUGCUGCUGGAGGCACGCUGUGACCUCCACGCCGUCAACGUCCACGGAGACUCCCCGCUGCACAUCGCUGCGAGGGAGAACCGUCUGGAGUGUGUCACGCUGUUCCUGGACCGCGGUGCCGAUGUGAACCUGAAGAACCGCGAGGGGGAGACGCCCCCAGACUGCUGCAGCCAUAGCUCCAGGGUGUGGCUGGCCCUGCAGGUCAACAGGAGGGAGGUGGAGGCACGCAGCAACACACCUGGGGAGGAGAGGACUCUCAACAGAGACAUAGCCAGAGGCUACGAGAGAGUUCCGGUGCCAUGUGUGAACUCUGUGGACAGCGAACCCUGUCCAGACAACUACAAGUACGUCCCUGUCAACUGUGUCACGUCCCCCAUGAACAUCGACAAGAACAUCACGCAUCUGCAGUACUGUGUGUGUAAGGACGACUGUUCAUCAAGCAGCUGUAUGUGUGGGCAGCUCAGCCUUCGCUGCUGGUAUGACAAGGUAAGACUGCUGCUGCCAGAGUUCUGCCUCGAGGAACCGCCUCUCAUAUUUGAAUGUAACCAUGCCUGUUCCUGCUGGAGAAACUGCAAGAACCGCGUGGUGCAGAACGGAUUGAGGGUUCGUCUUCAGCUCUUCAGGACCGUUCAGAAGGGUUGGGGUGUCCGGGCUCUGCAGGACAUACCCCGGGGGACGUUUGUGUGCGAGUACGUGGGAGAGAUCAUCUCGGAUGUAGAUGCGGACGUCCGCGACAACGACUCGUACCUGUUCAACCUGGACAGCAAGGUGGGUGACGCGUACUGCAUCGACGCCCGUUUCUAUGGCAACAUCAGCCGGUUCAUCAACCACACGUGCGAGCCCAACCUGUUUCCAUGUCGCGUGUUCACCACGCACCAGGACCUGCGCUUCCCCCACAUAGCCUUCUUCGCCUGUGAGAACAUCAAGGCCGGAGAAGAGCUUGGGUUCGACUAUGGAGAGAGUUUCUGGGACAUCAAGGGGAAGCACUUCAGCUGCGAGUGUGGUGCUACCAAGUGCAAGCACUCUGCGGCGGCCAUCGCCUCUCUUCAGGCGGACAGCACACCCGAAGACCCCCAGCAGCCCAGCGCCCUACCAGACACCAGCUCCUCCACCACCCCCUCUAGUCCGCCCUCAGCCCCGCCCUCAGCCCCGCCCUCAGCCCCGCCCUCAGCGCCGCCCUCAGCCCCACCCUCAGCCCCGCCCUCAGCUCUCACCCCUACCAGGACCACCAGGCCAGGGGAGAUUCCCUCUCCACUCUCCACUGAACACAAACCCAACCCCAGGGCCAAUGCUGUCCACUUCCCCAGCAGUCGUCCUCCGCUCCCCAGGCCACUAUGAUGGACCGUCUCCAUCCGGCCUAUGGAGGCCUGUCACAGACAGACCCGAUGCACUAUCACCCCCCCACAGAGACCCCCCCCCCAACCUCUCCACCACACUCCCACUUACAACCAUCAGCUCCUCACCAGCACAAACUCUUUCAAAACUUCUAUUCGAACUCUUCUUGGUGCGACACAUUUGACAGAAAUAACUUGUGUGUGUCUUGCGCACCUCAAUGAGUGUACAGAUGCUGUGGCAUGCGUGCGCCGCGCGUGCGUGUGAGAGUAAGUCCCUGUGUUUUCGCUAUUUUAAGCCUCCCUCUUGGUAGUAUCAUCCUGGGAGGACUGUGUUCCUUGUUGCUGGUCUGAGUCUGGGGUGUACUGAACCAGGAUAUUCUUCUGAUCUGCAGGAUGCACCUGUUGCAUGCUGGGUUUUCUUAUCCUCUCACCAAACCACAGAAGAAAACUACACCCUCCAGUUUCUAACUUUUUUGUGUUUUUACCUCAUGUUAUUUUUUGAUUAAGAAAGAGACAGUUGAGGGGGGGGGGGCAUUUUUCAACACAUCUUUUACAGGUCAUCCUCUUUCUCUAAUAUUUGUAAUAGGAAAAUUGUGGUUAGUGCCAGAUAUGUGUAUAUUAUAAAACCAGUCAUUUCACCAAUCAUUUGUAUUUGAAUAAUCUAAUUUACAAUCUGAAAAUGUGAUGCACAUGUUUAGGUUAUUUUAUGCUGAACACCUUCUGAGGUUAAGUUUCAAAUGACCUUUAAGCGCUUUCACAUGAAAUUAAUGUAGAUCUGAGGACGAUGAAAAUCUAGUGGAGUCAAACAGACGGGGAGUGUACAGUGAAGACCAUUCCAAUCAUUUCUAUCCAGACAGGAGCAUAUUAAAGGCAAGGAGAGUUUCAAUGGCUAUUUACUAUUUACGUGUUGCUAUAAAGACCCGUAUAUUAAGCAUGGCUUCCCAUGAAAUGGCCUUGUUGUUGAGGGUGUUGUGGUUUAGAAAGGGGAGCAAACGUGGAGUGUUACUGGUCUUCCAACUUUAGUGUGUGACUAGGACUGACAUGACCGAUUUGUACAGUUUGUACCAUACAUACCAUACCGUUCCUGCAAAACAGGUGGAUAUUUCACUUUUUGGUUGAUUCAGCAGAAUUUCCAACCAAGCAUGUUUAUGGGGAUGACUCACGAGUCACAAAUCAUUAAUUUACGACAAUUAUGGAGGGAUCAACUGGUUAAACGCUAAUAGGGUAAAACGAAAGCAAAUGGUGCUGUCAAUGGUUCUCUCAUUUUAAUGUUGUAUUGCUUCAAAAGUUAAUACAAGUUGUAAAGUAUGCUGAUUUUGUUUUUUUUACACAUUUAAAUUUAACUUUGCUUUUCCUUUUUUUUUUUUUUUUUACCUGUAGCUACUGUAGUUAGCCUGUUUCAAUUUUGUUCCAUGAAUUAAUGUUGAUGGAAACCUACGCAUUUAUCUCCCUGUCUAAUUAAAUGUGGUUAGUUAGGCCUAUGGUAGUGAUUCUUGUGUACAUUUUCUGCAAGCUUUGAAUACAGAAAUGGUAAUAAAAAUGACCAUGACUUACUUUCUGUUACAUAUUUCUGGACUGAGACAUCCAUACAAUUUGGUUGUACCUUUCUUUUUCAAUAAAUUUACUACUAGUGGAUUUUGUU